AUGACCACCUCCUCGCGGCUCCACACUCCUUCAGUUCAGGCCUUACGAGAUGAGAUGGCUGCGAACCUUGACAGGUCCUUAUUAGGCAUUAGGUUAGAGAUGAUUUGCUUAGCCUUCAAGGCUUGCACAAGUGGCACAGUGGCACCUACUAAGACAGGUUGCCGACAACUCGAUACUUGCCGAGGAAGUAUUCCACAGUUAGGCAAGGGAAGGGACCUCCCUUGGAGCUUGGAAGCAUGUUGCCGGCUUGCCAAGGGCGGGGGAAGAGAGCUGGGCUGGGCAGGAUUGCCAGGAAUUGUCAGGGAUCUUCCAUGUGGCUCGGACUUGGCUCAAAGUCCAUUGCUGCCUCCCCGAAACCUUCAAAAGAAACUACUAUUAGAGUACGAAACUCAAUUUCAGAGGCUAGAAGGGAAACGAAUCUCUGUUGCCCCAAUCAGGUCGAAGAGAAGGAGGUUGCAUUUCAAGUACGACAAUACGGGGCAUGUACUCAGCCUCGGACGGCAUUUACCUUUGGGAUUGAUCUGCGGACCCUACCUAAUUAAAAUGUACUCCGUAUGGAGGACGGGGUAA